AUGGCGAGUACAGAUUCAAUAAAAGGGGGUCAACGUGGUACUGUGAGGCGUAUCAUUGAUGCAUUCGACAGAGAGGAGAAAGGUUAUAGUGCUGAGUUGGAAUCUUCCAUCCCACAGGCAAAUGGGCUAGCCGAUGAGCAGAUCAAUGGACUGAUCAAUCCCCCAACCAACCAUGAAACCAACGGCCAGACUAAUGGAACCCGAAGGACCGCAACUUCAUUAAGCCAACCGCAUCUUCUAUCGACACAUUCCAAGCUCAGAACAUUCAGAGUCCUCACUGGUAUUGACACACCUGCAGGCCUAGCUACGGCUAGCCUAGUACGCCGACCAGCUUCAAAUGUCGGGAUAUAUACCCGCGUCGUUAAUUCCGAGGCUCGUUACAAAAGGGAAUACCGCUUUUUCACGCUCUUAAUAAGCUGUUGCCUGGGUAUACAGAUCGUUGUUGCGGCGGCACUUACAGCUCUAGGUGCUGGAAAUGGCCCACGAGUUUUGAUCACCGUCUUUGGGGCUGUUAACACUGCCAUUGCGGGAUAUUUAACUUAUCUAAAAGGGUCAGGGUUGCCAAACAGAAAGCGUUAUCACCAGUCCCAGUAUGGCAAGAUUAGACAGCUUAUUGAACAACGGGAACGCGAUUUUUGCAUGGAAAACUGCGAAUUGGAUGUUUUUGAGGAGAUUCGGUAUAUUCAACACAUGUACGAAGAAGUGCUAGAAGACGUGGAAGCAAAUACUCCCGAAAGUUAUGCCAGUGUUAAAAGAGCUCAAGGAAAUAAACCAAUCCUGCCUUUAUCUACGACUAAAGACGGUAAAGAUGGAAUGCCAAUUAAAGACGAAAAGGUGGACGACGGAGCGAUGACACCUUCGCCUUUACCAAAGGCAAGAGUUGCGACCUAA